GUUCCGCCGCGCGGCUCCCGCAGCGCGUUCCGGGCCGGUGGCCGUUAGCGGAGAGCCGGAGAGAGAUGGCGCUGCCGAGCCCGUGGCGCUGCCCCUGGCGCUGGCCGGCGGCGCUGCCCCUGGCGCUGGCAGUGAUGCUGACCUGCCUGGCGCAGGGAUCGCUGCUGGGAGCGGUGCUGGGCGCGGGGGGUGCCUGGUGUGCGGUGCGGUCCCGCCCGCCCGCCAGGCGCCCUCCGGCCCGGCGCUCUCCGGCGCGGUUCCUGCCCCCCCGGCGCCCUCCCCCACUGCUCCUGCCCCCCUACAGGCCCAGCCUCAUCGCCCGGUUCCCGCCCCCUUGGCUCCAGGUCUACUACCGCCUGAGGGCCAAAAGGGCCGGUAACUGUGGUCUGGCCGCAGGCGCCGGCCUCAGUGUCAGCACCCUAUCCCGCGGCAACUGCCUUGGAGCCCCGCUGCAGACCGUGCGCCGCCAGGACCCGCUGCCGCCGCACCGGAGCCCUGGAACGGUUUUCCCGACGGAGAAGUGGAUGUGUAUGAGGACGUCCCCACAGCGCAUCGCAGGAUCCUGCUUUGAUGUGCCUCUUUGGAAGGGAAGGCAAUGGGAACUGCAGCAUGGAAGGAAUUUCAUGCCAGGAACACCGAAGCGGGCUGUGCAGACCGAGGAAGCUGUCAAGAGGACUGAGCAGAAGAGGCAGGAGUCCCCAAGCCCACCACCAUCACCGGGAAACGGAAGGCCACGCAAGAGGAGCAUCUGCCUGCUGGUGCCUUGGAAUAAUGAACCCCUGGUGCUGCCCCCUGCGCCUGACCCGGGUUACCCCAUCACGCCGGAGAUCAUCGAGGAGGAGAGGAAGGCAGCACAAGAGCGCUUGCGUCGGCUCUUGGGGCAUAAGUCUGCAGAUGUGGUCCCCAGCACCAGUGGGGAAGAUGCGUCCCUGGGCACAGCCAUCGCCCAGGGCUCCUCUGGCACCAGCCAUACAGAGGCAGCGUUUUCGACCAUGCCAUCACCCCACAUUUCUGGGCUGGCUGCUUCCACCACCAACGGCCAUAUGCACAUCAGCCAGCCCAGAAGCAGGAGCCCGCCCGUGUUAGGAGGUUCGUCCACCCGCGCCUCGUGCACCCCGGCAGGAACCAGGACCCAGGGAACUUUCAAGCGGCAAAAGGAGGAGGACCGCUCCGACGCCAAGUGGCCGUUUGGACCUCCAGCAGCAAAACGUCGGCAGCUGUGA